GCUCUGCGCCUUCCGCCAAUUGUGGCGCAAUAAUUUUAGCUCCGCCGCCGAUGGGUAGCGGGAUGUCAAAGCCAACCCCGUUUCUCGCGAGGCCUGUUGGGACUCGUAGUCCAAAUCUCCGCGGACAGAGGCCCCGGGAACAAGGCAGAGGGCGGCGUGGAUGAGACGGGAAGGCGGAAACUACACGUCCCAUGAUGAACAGGAUGAAAGUUGACGAGGAGGAGUAUUGGCACAGCUCCAAGUGUAAAGCCUUCACAUUUGAUGAUGAUGAUGAGCUCUCCCAGCUAAAGGAGUCCAAGCGGGCAGUGAACAGCCUUCGAGACAUUGUAGAUGAUGAUGACGACCUUGAGAAGUUCAGCUGGAGUGGGGAGCCAGUGGGCAGUAAAAACAAACUUGGGAGUUUUCAGUCCCUUUCAGAUGCUCUCUCUGACACAGGAGUUAAAAGCUACGCUCCAGAGCUGCGCAGACCAAAGGCGGAAUACAAGGAUUACACCAGCGACUGGAGUCCCAAGGAUACAGUCAGACGAAUGCAGAGGGGCAAGAUCUGCUCACUGGAGAGGUUCCGUUCCCUGCGGGAGAAGCUGAUGCUCCUGGAUGAAGCUGUUGCGGUGCAUGAUGGGAAUGUCAUUACAGCUAUUCUAAUAUUCUUGAAGAGGACGCUGAAGAGAGAGAUCCUGUUCCAAGAGCUGGAGGUGCGACAGGUGGCCUUGCGCCAUCUAAUCCAUUUCCUCAAAGAGACAGGGGAGCAGAAGCUACUCCUGGACCUGCUCAGAUUCCUGGACAGGACCGAGGAGGUUGCUCUGUCCCAGUACCGGGAGCACUUGAGCAUCCAGGAUGCAGAGAAACGAAGAGAAUUUCUUAAAGGCUGCAUCAGGCUGCCAUUUUCAUCUGAAGAUGCCGUUCAUGUUCAAGACCAUUAUACGCUCCUGGAGAGACAGAUCAUCAUUGAGGCAAACGACCGGCAUCUGGAGGCCGCUGGGCAGUCUGAGAUAUUUCGGAAAUACCCACGAAAGGCCUCUAUCCUUAACAUGCCACUGGUGACCACGCUAUUCUACUCCUGCUUCUACCACUACACAGAGGCCGAGGGGACAUUCAGCAGCCCGAUCAACCUGAAGAAAACCUUUAAGAUUCCAGACAAACAGUAUGUGCUGACAGCCCUGGCUGCCCGUGCCAAGCUGCGAGCUUGGCAUGAUGUGGAUGCCUUGUUCACCACCAAGAAUUGGCUGGGUUACACCAAGAAGAGAGCUCCCAUUGGCUUCCAUCGUGUGGUGGAGAUCUUGCAGCGGAACAGCGCCCCCGUGCAGGUGCUGCAGGAGUACGUGCGCCUGGUGGAAGACGUUGAGACACGGUUGAACCUUGCCAUGAAAUAUAAGUGCCAUGACGUUGUUAUUGAUACAUACAGAGACCUGAAGGAUCGACACCAGCUGAUGGCAUACAGGUGUAAGGUGGAGCGGGGCUCUGCAGAAGAGGACAAGAUAGACAGCAUCCUCAGCAACUUGCAAAUCCGAUGGAAGAAUUGAGGUGUCUACCCACCUCAGAACCAGCCCAAUUUGCCAUUGCCAUGCCAAUGAGAGAGGAAACUAUGGAGCCAGCCUCCGUGCCAAUAGAGCAAGUUCCGUUUCCAGUCUUGGUGGUUUGUCUGAUAUUGCCAGUCAGUGCCAGUGGCUCCUGGGACAGAGCGGCAUCCAGGCUGACAUAAGGCAAACCCAGCUAUCUGGCUAGUGGGACAAGACACUGACCAACUGGAGUCAAUGCUCUGUAAUGGGCUAGGCCAUGAGGUGGGCAUGGCUUCAGUGUACAGAGGGAAGUAAAGUCAGGCAAAGCAGCAGCUACUUCAAAUUUGUGCAGGAUCAGGACUCGUUCAGGUGAGAGGAACAAGACAAUUACCCAGAAAAGAUCUCUCCUAAGGUUAGAGGUGACCCGUUCCCUUGCCAUACCAGCUGCUAAGACUGGGGCAAUGAUGGCCGUGUCAGAAGUGAAGAUGCAGGAACCGCAGACUGGGCUGUGUUCUCCCUGCCUCUAUGAGCGAGAUGGGUAGGGAAAGACUUCUUGCCCCUUAAAACCCCAACCUUCCUGUUUCUCUGAUUCAGAAAGGAAGCUUUCAGCUAAACUUCUGCAGAUUGCAUAUCCCCACUACAAAGCCCUCCAUCUCAAGACCUGCCCCUUCACCCAAAGGGAAGCUGGGAGUUCUGCCUGGAGCUCAUCAUCUCCCUCAUUGGGUUGGUUAGAGAAUGAGUCGAAAUUCCCUCCCAGCAAGUGCUGAAGAUGCUGGCCCCACGGAGCCCCUUGGAACAAUCUCUUCUCCCUGGCCUUUACAUUGGGAAAGUUUUUGUUACACCCCGUAGAAAUGUGACUCUCCCCUGGGGUUCCCUGCCAGCUUUAUUGUGUCAGACCUCGCUUUCUGUUCCUUAAAUAAAACUGCGUGUCUGCC